AAAAGAAGAUCUCCGUCACCUCGCCAUAAACGCCAAAGAGUCCGAACGGCACACUCUCUGAGAAGUCUCUCAUCAUGCAUCUCCAGCCCAUCGACAAUACUGAAAUCGAGCCAUUCACCAGCGCCAUGGACGACCCACGCAUCACCAUCCUGCCAGAGCUGCAGUCCCAAGAGACCUUUGACGACGUUUGGGGCUCUGAGCCCGGCUCGCCGAACACUGCCGGCUACAUCAAUCACUUUGCCCAAGACGCGGCGAGCGCAGCACCCGUGGGAACGCAUCCGGGCGACAUGCCGCGCCUGCAGGCCGAGCACACCAACGCCGGCUACCGCGAGGGUAUAUCCGCCGCCAAAGCCCACAGCAUCCAGGCGGGUUUCGACGAGGGCUUCAGCCUCGGCGCCGAGGUCGGCUCACUCGCGGGCCAGAUUGUCGGCCUUUUUGAGGGCAUCGCCGCUGCACUAGACAGCCACGAUGAGGAUUCUUCUAAGAAGGCCCGCCAGACGCUGGACGAGGCCAAGGCGGAGCUCAAGAUUGACUCCAUCUUUGGACCGGCGUACUGGAACACCGACGGGACCUGGAAGUUUGACGUUGAGGGCACCAACGGUGGUGAUGAAAUUCUCUUCGCGGACGUGGCUCGUGCCCACCCCCUCAUUCGCAAAUGGCAAAAGGUGGCCGACGCCGAGGUUGAGCAAUGGGGCAUCGUGCUCGAGGCCAUUGGCGACGCGCAGGAGCACGAGAGGCAGCAGAGCCCGGAGCGGGCACCCAGCUCCGCGGUGCCGCAGACCAAGAAACCCCUCGACUGGUGAGGUUUGCUUUUGCCAGCAGUUGCCGCUCCGUUGUGCCAUGCACAAGGAAGCGCCAUCAUCGCAUUGCCGUACGCUACUCGCGGCAACCGAAUUUUCACCAGAUCUUAAUGCGAAGGAGUCUUCGGGCCGAGCUGACGCUCUCAUCGAGAGAGAAGAAGGGAGAGAAAAAGAUCUCACUUACAGAACUGCCCGGGUCCUAUACCACGAAUGCGCAAGAGCCAUCAUCGGUUUCCAGUAAGUUGCUAUAACGCCAAUGGCUAUGCCCAGGUGGAGACGACUUGACUAAACUGAACACACAGCUGAUCCGAUCAAAUUGCAUUAAUAUCACAGACUUGAUAUUACUUCGGCUAUUUGGGUCUCCCGCGGACGGCGACGAAGGGAACGGGAAUUCCCCGACCUCUACUACUCGCUAGGGUAGAGUUAAAUUCGGACUUUGACCAAGAACCCCAUUUUCGCAAGACCUUCCCCUCCUUGUGCUGCCGACGUUGUGGCGAGUAUAUGGCACAUCAGCCGGAGCCGGACAUGAGCCGCAAAUUUUUGACAACGACAACCCGCAAGCCCAAGCCCUCCUGUGGCUUGUUUACAGUUCAUGACGAGGCGAACCAUCCCUCUUAGCCGAUCGCUCAUGAGCUCAUGACUCUGUUGGUGGUUUCCUAUUUUUGAUAGGACGCAGACGGGAAGGGGGAGGAGGCAGCCAAGCAACAUUGUUUAGACGAAAAUGUGGUCAUGACCACCUGUCAAACUCGACACCGACAAGGGAGGACGUUGCGGGCUGUAAGAUUUCUUCAAAGGCAAAUGACCAUGGAUGCUACGAGGGUGAAUUCUUGUUGGACAUGAUCUCACAUAGUCAAGAAGCUGGAUUGAGUCUCAA